AUGCUGCCCGUGGCCGACAUGAUGCCUCGCACGCGGGCAAAUGAGGGCGGCCAACGGAAGUGUGGUACGUAUGGACGUCGAGGAAAUGCGCGUCUGCGUUCGGCUCCCUUCCAGAACCCAUCCGCCUCCCUCGAUCGAAUGCAGGCCAUGAUUGGUCUGGUUUUGCUCUCGCAUUGGGUUGAGCCUUCCAUGCACCACAUGUUCUCGGGUGAUGAUGAGUGA